CUUUCUCAAGUUGCAUUCUGGGUAGUCGGAAAACGCACAAAGUGUUCUCGCUGCUCGUUCAUUCAUUCGUCGCACGUUGGGUAAGCUUGAAAUACAGAACUCAAGAAAGAUCAACUUCGUUCCCGUUGAAAGGACCCUUGGAAAUAUGUCCAUUGGCGUGCCCAUCAAAGUUCUGCAUGAAGCAGAGGGCCACAUUGUGACCUGUGAGACCAACACUGGUGAAGUGUACAGGGGCAAGCUCAUUGAGGCUGAGGACAACAUGAACUGCCAGAUGUCCAAUAUCACUGUGACGCAUCGUGAUGGCCGUGUAGCCCAAUUGGAGCAGGUCUAUAUCCGGGGCAGCAAGAUUCGCUUCCUGAUCCUACCGGACAUGUUAAAAAACGCCCCUAUGUUAAAGAGCAUGAAAAACAAGAACCAGGGAUCUGGAGCAGGAAGGGGGAAGGCAGCCAUUCUCAAAGCUCAGGUGGCUGCAAGAGGACGGGGUCGUGGUGGAGGGAUGGGAAGAGGAACCAUUUUCCCGAAAAGGCGGUAGUAUCUGCGUUGGUUAGUUUAAAACGAUUGCAUUGUACAGUUUCUUUUUAUCUUUAGAGAAUUUGGCACUCUACUUGAUCUAAUUAUUUUGCUAGCUUUUUGACAUUGUACUUUUUCUUUUUUCUUAAAUAAAUUGUUCUCCUGUCAAUUUGAA